AUGCUUGUACAUUCCAUUCCCAAAUUCAAUUUCCUGCUCGCAAAACUCAUUGACCUGAAAGACUUCGACUAUGCUUCCAUUCUCUUUGCACAAAUCCCGCAACCCAAUGACUUUGCUUUCAAUGUCAUGAUUAGAGGACUAACUACCACAUGGCAAAGAUUCGAUAUGGGUCUAGAAUUUUACUACAGGAUGAAGUUUUUAGGCUUCAAAGCCAAUAACUUUACGUACCCAUUUGUGUUUAUUGCUUGUGCUAACCUUUUGGCUUUGGAUCAUGGUAGGUUGGCUCAUUCAAUGGUUUUCAAAAGUGGGUUGGAUGUAGAUGGGCAUGUUAGGCAUUCCUUGAUUACAAUGUAUUCGAAAUGUGACGAGUUAGGUUUUGCCCGGCAAGUGUUUGAUGAUAUUUUGCAGAAAGAUUUGGUCUCAUGGAAUUCGAUGAUCUCGGGCUAUUCCCAGAUGGGGUUUGCGAGCAAUGCGGUGGAGUUGUUUGGGAAAAUGAGGGAUGAGGGGUUUGAGCCGGAUGAAAUGACGCUAGUGAGCCUUCUCAGUGCGUGUGGUGACUUAGGCAAUGUGAGUUUGGGGAGGUGGGUUGAAGGUUUUGUUGGGGAUCAUAACAUGGAGUUGAGUGCGUAUAUUGGGUCUGCUUUGAUUGAUAUGUAUGGCAAAUGUGGGGAUUUGUUGUCAGCGAGGAAUGUCUUUGACAGAAUGGCGACAAAAGAUAUGGUCAUCUGGAAUGCCAUGAUUACAGGGCAAGUACUUCUCUCCAUUCUUAUGUGGUAUUACUUGUAUGUUGCGAAGAACUUAAUUCAUUCUUGA